AUGUCUGCUCGUCGUGUAAAGAACAUUUUGACUGGAGAUUGGGUAAUAAAUUCACCUGAUGGUCGAUUAAACCGACCAUGGAAAGGCGGGAUGGAUAAUGUAAAUUUGGAUGAGUUGGAAAAGAAGCGAAAGCAAGAUCCGUUGGCUCCAGGGGCUGUCAAAUCAGACGGAUCCGUCUGUCCAAACUACGAAUUCACUUAUAUUUUCCCUAAUGACUUCCCGGUUUUUGAUAACGUAAAUGUGGAGAAUAAAGACGAGAUCAACGAAGACGAUUUGUUUAUAACACAGAGUUGUCGAGGUAGGUUUUAGUGUGUUAUAGUUUGAAUAUCAUUAUAUUACUGUUUAUAUUAGUUUAAUGCUUUUGUUAACGUUAUCUUUAACUUGGAGGUGUAAGUCAUGUAAUGUGUUACUCUCCUGACUUCUACAAACACUUUGCACAAAUGAAACAACACGAAUUGGAGAAGGUGUAUGACGGUUGGCUUCAGUUUUUUGCAAAAAAUAAGACGAAGUUCGAAUACAUACAGGUAGGUAAUAUCAAAUUAUUCAAGGUCUUUUAGAUAUUUGAAAACCGGGGUAUUGAAGUCGGUUCUUCACUGCCACAUCCACAUUGCCAGAUUUGGUCAACAACGUUUCUGCCGACUACUAUCGAAAAGACGCUGCAUAAUCAAGAAGUAGGUAUGCUGUACCCAGGGACGUCGCUACGGAUUUUCUCUGGGGGAGGGGGAGGUCGAAAAAAAUUUUUUCGUCCACAGGUCCCCUGUGGAUUUUUUUUCGGAUUGGCUCUGGGGGGAGGGGGUACCCCCCCCCCUCCCCCCAAACGACGUCCCUGGCUGUACCAUAUAAAUUGAUGUUUAGGUAUACUACAAGAAACACGGGUCUUCUAUGCUUCCGGAUUACGUUAAGCAAGAGCUUAAUAAAGAAGCACGUGUUGUGGCAGACCUCGAGCAUUUUGUCGUUUUAGUACCCUACUGGGCUUACUGGCCCUAUGAGUUGAUGAUAAUAGCGAAACGAGAGGUACAACGAAUAGAUCAGUUCAGUAAGGUAAGUAUAACAGUUUGUUUUACUAUAUGGCAAAAUUUUUGCAGGAAGAGCAGGCCGACUUUAUGAAAGCUGUUCAAUUGGUAGCUGGAAAGUACGAUACGUUUUUUGAGGUAACAUUUCUUUUAUACAAUUUUUAAAACAUCUUUAUGCAUUCUUGGUUAUUGAUUUUAGGGUUAUUCACCGUAUGUAAUGGGUAUAAGGAAUGCACCAGUUGGUAGUUAUUUAGAAAAGGACUUGUCUUUUUGGCAGUUUCAUGUUAACUUUUAUCCUCCGUUGCUUGUUAGAGGUCGGAAGAAGUUCAUGGCUGGCUAUGAAUUGCUAUCUGAGGUCCAAAGAGACUUUAAAGUGGAGACGGCAAGUGUUUUUGUAACAGUAUUUUAUUAAUUUAGGCGGCUGAGCGACUACGUAACGUAUCUUUUGUGCCAAAUGACAACUAA